AUGAGCUUUCUCUCCUGGCUUACCCCAAAUGGGAGAGUAUCCUUCCAUCACGCAAAGAAAUCAGUUACUUUAAAACUGAAACCGCAGACGACGGGCCCUGGAGUGGACGAAUCGAAGUACAUUUCCCUUGCCGACCUUUGCAAGUCUGCGACUCCUACAGACUGCCAGCUGAAUCCGUUCUUGUUUAACGGGCAUCUGCAGACAGCAUGGACUCUUAUGAGAACGGAUGACAUUCCCGUUUACUACAAACGGUGGCGGUUCGAGGGAGACAGCCCUGAUUAUCGUGGAAGCUUCGAAGUGGACUUUGUUGUCGAGCCUUACGACGUGAGCCAAGCUAGCAGCACGCAGCCCGAGAAUGGCACUUUUGAGUCUUCAUCCCCGCCAGACUCAACAUACCCUUCUCCCCGUACGAGCUUUUUCACAGAAAAGGAAUUCUCCGCACUGCCAUCAAAUGAUCAAAAACCCAUGCUUGUUGUUUUACACGGUCUAUCUGGCGGGUCCCACGAGCCUUACCUGCGAAAUAUAGUCGAUCCGCUCCAUAAGCAAGGAUGGGAGGUGUGUGUCGUCAAUUUCCGCGGCUGCGCAAACUCCAAGGUCACCAGCUCCAUAUUGUACAACGCCCGCGCAACCUGGGAUAUUCGGCAGACAGUACGCUGGCUACGGAAGAAUUUUCCUUCUCGUCCUUUAUUUGGAAUUGGAUUCUCAUUGGGCGCAAAUAUCAUGACAAACUAUGUUGGAGAGGAAGGUGACGAUUGCCAAUUAAAGGCCGCAGUUGUCUGCUCUAAUCCUUGGAAUCUCGAGGUUAGCUCUCUAGCCUUGCAGAGAACCUGGGUUGGAACGCAGGUUUAUUCCAAAACAAUGGGUGCGAGUAUGAAACGGCUCUUUGAACAGCACGUUGACAAACUACGGGAGCAUCCUCGCGUCAAUGUUGAAAAGGUUCGGGGAACCACUUAUCUUCACGAGUUCGACAGAGAACUGCAAGCCCCUGUUUGGGGUUAUCCAACAGAAACCGCCUACUAUCGUGAUGCCUCAUCCAUUGAUUCACUCUUCGCGGUCAAAAUCCCUCUCUUCGCCAUCCAAGCAGAAGAUGACGCUAUUUCUCCAAAAGAAGCAUUACCGUAUCUUGAAAUGACCAAAACACCGUACGCAGUAAUGUGCACUACUUCCUGGGGCGGUCACCUCAGCUGGUUUGAAUACGGAGGAGGGAGAUGGUUCACCAAGCCUGUUGUCAACUUCCUCAAUAAAAUGGCAUCUGAAAUCGACCUUGACGCCCCAUUGACGGUAGUAGAAGAGACACUAGACGGCGAACAGGCCACUGCUACGUCCUCAGGCAGGGCUGAUGGGCCUCAUCCAGAUUUCCAACCUAUGACACGGAAAUUGCAUAUGCCAAUUCCUAGCGGCGAAGAAUAA